UCCACGACAUGGGGGCCAACAUGAGCCAAGCAACGGCCGACGCCGAGAUCGCGCGGCCCGCACCACCGGCGUUGCCGUGGACGGUGCGGCUCCAGCUUUUCAUGCUCGUCGGCGCCUACGACAUCGCUCUGCGAGCCGACGGCACCGUCAACCGCUUCCUCUUCUCCUUCGGCGACCGCCAGACCCGCGCCAGCGCUCGCCCGGACGCGCUCGGCGUCCGAUCCGCCGACGUCACCGUCGACGCGUCCCGCGGCCUCUGGGCGCGCGUCUUCUCGCCAGCGGCGGAUCAGGCCGGAUCACCGCUCCCCGUCAUCGUCUACACCCACGGCGGCGGCUUCGCGCUACUCUCCCCAGCAUCCACGCCUUUGGACGGCAUGUGCCGCCGCUUCUGCCGCGAGCUGGGCGCGGUCGUCGUCUCGGUCAACUACUGCCUCGCCCCCGAGCACCGCUGCCCGGCAGCCUACGCCGACUGCGUGGAAGUGCUCCACCACCUCAGCGCCAGUGGCCUCCCUGACGACCUCGGCGUCUCGGUCGAUCUGUCCCGCUGCUUCCUCGUCGGGGACAGCGCCGGCGGCAACAUCGCCCACCACGUGGCCCAGCGGUGGGUCUCUCGCUCUAACUCCAUCCGCCUUGCCGGCAUCAUCCUUCUGCAGCCGUACUUCGGGGGCGAGGAGCGGACAGAGGCGGAGCUGAGGCUGGAGGGCGUGGCGCCGGUGGUGAACAUGCAGCGGUCAGAUUGGUCGUGGAGGGCGUUCUUGCCCGAAGGGGCCAACCGUGACCACCCGGCGGCGCACGUGACGGACGAGAACGCCGAGCUGCCCGAGGUGUUCCCGCCGGCGAUGGUGGUGGUCGGCGGCUUCGACUCGCUGCAGGACUGGCAGCGGCGGUACGCCGGCGUGCUGCAGCGGAAGGGUAAGUCGGUGCAGCUGCUGGAGUUCCCGGAGGCUAUCCACGCGUUUUACAUGUUCCCGGAGCUCCCCGACGCCCGUAAGCUCGUGAAGGAAAUGAAGGCGUUCAUCCAGAGCAACAAGUCCAAUCUUUAGUGCGCCGCUCAAUUGAUCAGUCAUUCCAUGGUCUUCAACUGGCGAGGCGUAUAAUAUGGUGGCCAUGGGUUUGCGUCAGACAAGAAAUCAUUGGAUAUAUAACAGCUCUCCAGUUACUCCUACAUCGUCUCAACAGCAACCCAUGUAUCAAUUGCAACUGGAAAAAUGUCUACUAUUAUUCUUAAUAAGGUAAACAUACACUACUUAUCAAGAUGCUGGUUAAGAUAGCCUGAGCAACCAAUAUAGUUAAGAAAUUUUGUAACUCCCACCAUCUUCGGACUAUAUCUAAAUGUGCGUUUUUCUUUAACGCGAUUCUUACUACUCCCAACGUGUAGUUGCAAACAUUUAA